AUGUCCGAACCAACCGUCACAUCCACCUCUUCGACGCACACCGCCCCCGUCUCGACCCACAACCAAACCCAAACCCAAACCCAGACUCAAACCUACAACCAAAACCAAAAUGAGAACCAGGACCAGACAAAACCGCACCCGCACAGCGUAGCGCACGAAGAAAUCCCGCCCGAGUCGCGUCCCGUCGGGUCUGAGGAACACGGCACGACCGGGCCAAACGAUCCUCCUCCGGGCGCCGCAGAGGGCGAGAUGUAUCCUCCCCAGAAGCAUGCGGGCAAGGUUGGGUACGGGCCUCAUUAUGCCGAAGUGCAUGGAAAGGAGACUGGUCUUGGGGCCAAGUUGACGGGGAUGAAAGAGCAACUUAAGGGACGACGCAAAGAACCCAUUCCAGCACCCAGAAGAAGCAGAAGCAGAAGGAAGACCAAGGAGCCUGUCAACCCAAGUACUGCAGGAGCAGGAGACGCAGACCUCGCACGAGGGGCCGAGCUCAAGCCCGGUGCGAACAAGACGGAUACCCAGGGCGGACCGGUUGAGGAGAAGAUCCCAAGCUCGGCUGUUACCCCCUCGGCCGAGGUCGAGAACGACUCGACUUUCCCGCGCACGCAUGAUACGACCAAGGCUGCUUCUCAUGACCCUGCCGCGAACAAGUCUCACGAUGCGACUGGUAGGACCGGGGCGGGCCUCACGACUGGACAAGACGAGACGAUUCAUCAUUAA